AUGAUGAAUUCCAUGAAUAGUUUCUCUUAAUAAUAUUUCAUGAGUUCUUUACUCUCUGCUUAAAGAGGAUUCUUGACUCUCAAUAAUAAGUCUUCUUUGCUUUAGACUAGUACAUUAACAUAAGUUAAUGAGAGAUCAUUCAGCAUAAUCUCGAGAAGAACCUAGAAGAAGUAUGCAAGAACUAAGAAGUAUAAGCUCAAGACUAAGAAGGCAUUCUAGAAGAGAUUUAGAAUUGGAGGCUCGUUGAGAGAUAGAACUUUCAAGUUCCAUGCACUUGGUUUCCGCCAUUUGAACAGAAACAAGACCAAUAAAAAUCUUGGAAGAAAGAGAGGCAGAUUACUUCAUCAUAGAGCUGACAUCAACAAGGCUAAGAAAUACAUGCCUUACUUUAAGAGUAGAAAGUCGACUAAGUUAUGA